AUGGGCUACUCAACCAAACUUCUCACCUCCUCCCUCCUCUUUGGCCUUCUCUUCAUUUCUGCUAAUGCAUCCACCUUUGAAAUCCGCAACAAUUGCCAGUAUACUGUGUGGGCUGCAGCCUCACCUGGUGGUGGACGCCGCCUAGACCGUGGCCAAACUUGGUGGCUUAACGUGCCUGCUGGCACAUCCAUGGCUCGUAUUUGGGGCAGGACAAAUUGUAACUUUGAUGGUAGUGCUGAAUAUGCGUUGAACCAAUUUGGUAACUUGGAUUUCUAUGACAUAUCACUUGUUGAUGGCUUCAAUAUCCCUAUGGAGUUUAGCCCAACAUCAAGUGGUGGAGGGAAGUGUCAAGCACUUGUUUGCGCAGCAGACAUCAAUGGCCAAUGUCCAAAUGAAUUGAGGACUCCUGGUGGGUGUAAUAACCCUUGUGCUGUGUUUAAGACUAAUCAAUAUUGUUGCACUAAUGGGCAAGGGAGCUGUGGUCCUACCAAUUUUUCAAGGUUUUUUAAGGAUAGAUGCCCUACUUCUUAUAGUUAUCCCCAAGAUGAUCCUUCAAGCACAUUUACAUGCCCUGGUGGGACUAACUACAAGGUUGUCUUCUGCCCUAGGGGGUCUCCUCAUUUCCGCUUGGAGAUGCCUGGAAACAAGAACGUAGAGUAA